UGUGUCGAGGAGAACGUGACAGCGAUGGAGAGAAGAGGAGCCUCGUGAGGAAGAGAGAGAUGCGAAGGGAUAUCAGGGCGGCGUGCAGGACGAUUGCGGGCUAUCGUGGCGAACGUUUUUGACACGAUGACGGGGGUGGUAAAUCAACGGUCGACAGCCGAGCGAUCGGGAAAGAAGGGUGAUCAAGGAGGCGGUCAAGAGCAAGACCUGCGAUCUGAUCAACGUGUGAUAUGGAUUAAGGAACGGAUAUGCACUACGUUUGAUGUGGGAGAUGAUAAGUUUCUUGAGCUUCUGGAUGACGAGGCCGCUGCAUCGAAACUGAAGGCGUUCCUAGAUGAUCCUGUUCCAUCUUUUCCUGCGCUAUUUAUAUAUGGAGUUUCCAAGGUCACGUAUGUGCCGCUCCCGACCAAGGAACCACCUCCGCCCCCACCAGCGCCUGAAGCGGAAGCACAGGCUGACGGCGCAACGCCGGGGCAAUCGGGCGCAACGGGUGAUCAAGGCAUUGCCAAUCCGUCUGGAGAGACGGAGGCGGGAGCGGAUGGGUCAGCAGCAGCGGGCGGGGAGGGGCCGGAAAGCGCAGUCAUAUCUGGCGCUGGCGGAUUGGAGGAGGGGGGUGUAGGCGAGGGCGCAGGCGCAUCGCGCGGAGAUGGAGGGGGGGAGGGGACGCAAGGUGGGGAGAGGGUGAGAACGGGAAGUGGUGUGCGAUUUGCAGACGCAUCGACGAAGAGAGGAGAGGAGAAAAGUCCUCUGUCAAUAUCGCGUGGUGGUAUUUCAGGAGGGAAGGAACAAAGCAUCAGCAGGGGAGGAUGGGGAUUUGGACCCAAGGGGAGGGGCGCGAGCCGCGGGGAGGACUGGGGGGGGACAGGGAACGCGGAGAACGCGGGAGGGCGAAAGAGCGGGUUGUCUAAACGAGGGCAGGAAUCUGACGAAGAGACAGAAGGGGAGAUGAGCGAGGAAGAUGAAGAAGAAGAUAAAGCGACGGCGUGGCAGGACGAUAAGAGCAAAGUCGAUGCCAACGAAGUGACACGUGGCAAGGACAGUGUGGGGCUUGUUUCAAGUAGUCAGCGGUCAAGCCUGUCGGGAGUACUAGCUGGUAGAUCAAGCAGAGCGGGGAGUGUACGACAAAGCACCACGAAGGCUGAAGGAUUUGAAAGACUUGUCCUCGUAAGCCUGUUUUUGUGUACGGGGCACUUGCCGGAGGAGCCCCGAGCUCCAAAGACUAUCUAUUUCUUACGAUUCAAACCUGGCAAAGUUUACCGAUCGCCGGACGCGCUUGAGUUCGGCAUUCUGACUGAGGGGCCAUCUCUCUUGUUCUUGGAGCAGCUCUUAGCUCAUGUCUAUCUGCCGAUUUUGACAAACACGGCUGGAAAUGAAUUAGUUAUGGAUGGCAAAGCUACAGGAGCAACACUCAACAAUAUUCGCAAUGAGCUGAUUGCCAACAUGCAGAAAUUUGCUUCACAAGUCUCGCAUGCAAGGCACCAACUGACUGGUGAUGUACAUUUAGUUAUCCCGACUCUACCGACAGAUAUUGCACGUCCAGAAGAAGACUAUGACCUCAUUCUGCAGUUGGAGUCUGCAGUUGCGGAUUGGACAAAUGUGCUUGGUGCUGCGAUACAGAAAGAGAUGCAGAAGGUGCGGUCAACAGAUACUGACUUGUCCCGCUAGAAGGGAAGUGCAACAAUGAAUCACUUCAUGACUG